UCCCUGCUAUAAAUUUACCCUUCGAGACUCGCUAGGUUUGCCAAACUGAAAAGCCUUAGGGCACUUUUUAAGAGAUCUAUACAAACAGAAAUUGUUUAUAUAGAUCAUCUCUUACAAUCAAUGGCGAAUUCCUCUAGAAGGCCGAGUGGACCGGUGUUGCUUAGAUCGGCGUUUGAGAGGUCAAUCUCACCUACUGGCCGGUUCUGUAACACCACCACCACAGCAACUGAUGCGAUGUCGUUCGCUUCGUACAGCCACUCUAGCUUUUAUUCCUCUCCAUCGGCCGGGUGUUUCAACCGAUCGGCUUCUCCGACGCGCGUGAAUUUACACGCUCUGGCGCCGGUGAAUUCUACGCCUAGCGUUAGGUUCUCCAUCGACAGAUCCAUUUCUCCUCGGCGUUCCAUAGCGGUAUCUCAGCGUGAUCAGGUGGUUCGAAAGCAGAUCCCGAAGAGGACGUGCUUAUGUUCUCCUACGACGCAUCCUGGUUCGUUCAGAUGUAGUAUGCAUAAGAAUGUGAAGAAUACUCCUUCGAUUUCGUAUUCGCCUAGCCGAUUAAAUGCUCGGAGAUCGGCGAUGACGAAUUCACUGGUGCGUAUCUGGUCUGUUGAAGGUGAUUUAGUGAAACGAGCUUUGACAGCUCUUAUUAGGCCAUCGUCGCAUCAUCAGAGACGUCGUGGUGACUUUCAACCGCGUCCUAGCCGACUUUCCAGAAUGUCCAAAGCUGAUAACCUGUGAAAUUUCCGUUUCCGUGGUAACAGGUUGGUGAUUUUCAUAUAUUAACUGAGGCUCAUCUCCUGAGAGUUUUCCGGCGGUGGCGUCUGAUCCUGGCAGCGAUUCUUACUACUCCGGUGAAAUGAAAGCUAUAGUGCAAUUUUGAUGCAGUAUGGAAGUAGUAGAAUUCUCCCUUGUACAUAUGGUUUUGUUGCAGUAACUGAUUGCAAUUGAAGGACAAUUUGGACUUU